AUGACCAUAACUGCCCCCAACGACACUCUAUACCCCCCCAAACCAAUCCCUCAAGGAGCCUGGGACACGCACCACCACAUCUUCGAGCCCGACAUCUUCCCCUUCGCAGCAGGUCGACACUUCACGCCUGCUCGCGCAUCCCUAUCGGACCUACAAUCCUUCGAGAGGGGCCUCGGCGUUCAAAACGUCUGCAUCGCGCACGGGCUGUCCUACGGGCCUGAUUGUUCAUCCUUGCUGUAUUAUCUGGGGCAGUUCAAUGCCCCUGCCAACGCCAACGCCCCAGACCAAGAAACAAGCCAAGGCGAAUGCCAAGCACGAGGAAUCUGCGUUCUGGACAUCAGCACCGUCACCGAUGAAGUUCUGGACGCGUAUCAUGCCGCAGGGGUACGUUCCGUACGAAUCGACUUCUUUCGAGAAAACGCGAUGCAUGACGUCGAUGCUCAGAAGCGGUUGAUUGAGAACACCGCGACGAGACUGAAUACGUGGUGGCAGUCAAGGGUCAGGAAACGUCGUGGUCAAGAUCAAGACCAAGACCAAGACCGAGGGAAAUGGAGCAUUCAAAUCCAGCAACCUCACCUAGAGCACUGGGUGGUUCUGCGGGCCACUAUCGCCGCAUGUCCGGUCCCUGUCGUGGUGGACCACUUUGCCCUGGUGGCUGGGAGUAGCCAUCGAGCUGGUGACAGGACCACCUGCAUCCAGGACUCAGGAUACCUGCGGGACGAAGAAAGAGAGGGACUUUUUGCGCUACGGGACUUGUUGAGGGAGGGGAAUCUAUGGAUCAAGCUGUCUGCUCCUUAUCGGUGCUCGAAUCUAGCGCCGGGAUACGAGGAUCUGAAAUGGCUGGUUCGGCUUUUGGUGGAUGCAAACCCAGAAAGGGUGUUGUGGGGAAGUGAUUGGCCUCAUACGCAGAGACAUGAGGAUAGGGCUGGGAAGAGUACGAGUCAGGAGGAGGCGUUUUUGCAGGUUAAUGAUAAACGCUGGGUUGAGGGGUUGAGUCGGUGGAUGUCGCAGAGGGAGUGGCAGCUUAUGUGGGUGGAGAAUCCGAGAGUCUUAUAUUGUAAUGACGAUUAG